UCGCUGUCACUUUGACAAUGAAAACUAAGCUAAGGACCAGGUGAUUGUUCAAAUUUGUUGAUAUUCUGGUUAUGGGUUUGCUGGACGCGAGGGCGACAAUAACAUGGUUUCAGCGGGCGAGUAGUCGAUUCGUUCCAAAAUGCAAUCCAGCCACUAAAAAUGACAUUCAAACGCUCCAUGCCUUCCUGCGAUCACGACCAAACACCCUCGUUCUGACGGGCGCCGGCGUCUCCACAGAGUCAGGAAUUCCAGAUUACCGGUCCAAGGAUGUCGGCAUGUACGCCCGCAGCAAUCACCGCCCCGUCCAGUACGCAGAUUUCCUCCACUCCCCGGAGAUCCGCAAGCGCUACUGGGCUCGGAACUUCGUCGGCUGGGAACGCUUUUCAGCAACACAACCAAACGCCACUCAUCACGCGCUGGCUCAACUCGAACAGGAAAACCGGAUCAAGGGGAUCAUCACGCAGAAUGUCGACUGCCUGCACUCCAAGGCUGGGUCGAAGAAUGUCGUUGAGUUGCACGGGAACGGGUACACAGUUAUUUGCUUGAAGUGCGACUACCGCGUUUCCCGGGAUGAGUUCCAAGACACCCUGAAAGAAGCCAACGACGACUACGAAGAAAUCACAGCUGCCUCAAUACGUCCCGACGGAGAUGUAGACAUAAAGCCGGAAUAUAUUUGGGGUUUCAAGGUGCCGUCGUGCCCCUCAUGUGGAGGACCCUUGAAGCCGGACAUCGUGUUCUUCGGCGGCAGCAUUCCCAGGAGUGUUAUAAGCAAAACAGAGGAAAUGGUUUCCACCAGCGACGGCUUGCUGGUACUCGGGUCCACUCUGCUGGUGUUCUCCGGAUUCAGAUUGUGCUUGCUCGCCAACGAACUGGAACUGCCGCUGGCAAUUGUAAAUAUCGGACCAACCAGGGGUGAUCACAUAGCGAACUUGAAGAUUAACGCAAAGUGCGGGGAAGUGGUUCCUCCGCUUUUGCAUAUCCAAGAAUAGUGAGAGGACAUGGAUCUUCGUUUGAACGUUCAACAUCCACGAAUGCUAGAAGCUACCUGAAUCGGUGCAAUUGGCAAUAAGGGAUCUGUGACGAGAACUCCUUAAUUCACUACUUUUACCGAGUGCAGUCGCGGGCAUCUUGUAGAUAUGAAUUUUUAGGCUUUUAUCGUUUUGUUUUCGUUAUUUAGUUCAAUAAAUCUAUGUACAUAGCGAGACAUCUUUUUCAC